AAUUGAGCAACGAAGACAGGCUUCAACAUUUAACAGGUUAUGCUGCCAUAGUAACGUAGUGUAGUGCGUUGCGUUGUCACAGUAUACGCAACCGCGUGUCCACAAGUUCCUUUGCUUGCUAUUCAGUACUCUGUGUACAAUAUGACAUUGCACUUUAAAGAGUCACUUACGCUGCCGACCCCGGAAACUUUCCUCGUGAAAGGACUCACAAAUUGCGACCAUCGUGACACCGGAAUAGGCGGUCGUCCUUCUCAGACUUGCGGACGUUUACAAAUGGGAGCCCCUUCGAGGGGAGCACCUUUUAGACCAGCACGGACGUUAGCAUCGAUUCAGUAUUUGAACGACUACCUGACAUGGAAUGGAUACAAGACCCAUCGAGAUUACAACAUUGGUGGCGCAGUAGAGAAGAAAGAUGCCAUCCCUCAACUGAGAUAUGGCCACGUGCACCAACAUAGGGAUGGCUUAUCCAGCAUGCUUUCAGCCGGCCAUGUGUGGAGAAGGCCCUUCACCUUGAGCUACUCUGGGAGGUACAAACCCAAACUAAGUUCAACCACCUCGUUACCUUCCACAUUAUUUCUUCGAGGCUUGAGCACUUUCCCGGUGCAGAACUGCAAGACCAGCGGGGCCAACGUGACUUAUGCAGCCUACAAUCUACUGACUCUUAAAGACAAUCUGAACAGCCAGUCUUACCCAGACCCGUUGAUGGGGGCUUCCCGCUCCUUUCUUCAUCGGAUAUCGGAGUUGUCGAGCUUGGAGGGCGAGACAGCGAAGCAGGAAAAGCUCAAGAAAUUGAGGUUGUCCAGAAAAGAAUCAUCAUCCUGACAAUCACUGCUACCCCAGUCAAAAAGGUCAAAGGGGAGAACAGACUUUAAGUUGAUGAGAAGGACAGAUGAAGAACAAACCUUGAGGGCACCAUGUUCAUAUAAGUGGCUCAUUCUGUCUGCUCUUUUGUCUUUUCUGGUGCUACUUUUCUGCCUGGCAUGGUUAGCGGUUAAUUUCUGUCAUUUCUAAACCAACGCCAAAAUCACUAUUUUCAGUGCUGAAAAGAUACUUUAGUAUUGACUGGCUUUUGCAAACAUGAUUUAAUGUGGUAUAAACUUGCAUUUUGCUAAUGUAAAUAAAUAUAUAUCAUAUGUACGGUUGGCCAAUGCGUAUUUUUGUCUCCUCUCCCAGACACGUAUACUUUUCAUUUGCUGGUAAAAUUACAGGGGGGGUCAUCAGUUUAAGAUGAUGGUAACAAGGAACAUGUGGAGAUGAAGUAUUAAGAUAUACAGGUGGGAGCGGAAGUAUUCGCUGGCAUUGUAUGAUUUUUCAAUAAUUCAUUUAUAAUUUACCGGGGUUCACAAUGCUGGCCAAAAGUAUUGGCACCCCUGCAAUUCUGUCAGAUAAUGCUCAAUUUCUCCCAGAAAAUGAUUGCAAUUACAAAUGCUUUGGUAGUAAUAUCUUCAUUUAUUUUGCCUCCAAUGAAAAAACACAAAAGAAAAUGAAAAAAAACCUAAAUCAUUAUCAUUUUACACAAAACUCCAAAAAUGGGCCAGACAAAAGUAUUGACACCCUUUGAAAAAUCAUGUGAUGCUUCUCUAAUUUGUGUAAUUAACAGCACCUGUUACAUACCUGUGGCACAAAGCAGGUGGUGGCAAUAACUAAAUCACACUUGCAGCCAGUUAAAACGGAUUAAAGUCUAUUCAACCUCUGUCCUGUGUCUUUGUGUGUACCACAUUGAGCAUGGAGUAAAGAAAGAAGACCAAAGAACUGUCUGAUGACUUGAGAAGCAAAAUUGUGAGGAAGCACGGGCAAUCUCAAGGCUACAAGUCCAUCUCCAAAGACCUGAAUGUUCCUGUGUCAACCGUGCGCAGGGUCAUCAAUAAGUGUAAAGCCCAUGGCACUGUGACUAACCGCCCUAGAUGUGGACGGAAAAAAAAAAUUGACGAGAUUCAACGAAAGAUUGUGCGGACGGUGGAUAAAGAACCUUGACUAACAUCCAAACAAGUUCAAGCUGUCCUACAAUCCAAGGGUACAACAGUGUCAACCCGUACUAUCCGUCAGCGUCUGAAUGAAAAGGGACUCUAUGGAGGAAUACCCAGGAAGACCCUACUUCUG